ACGGAUCGGUCAGGAUGUUUCCAGGGUACAUAUGAUUGGAAGGAAGCAUUCACUGAUUGCGAGAGAUAACACGCUGUGGGUGACCAAUUUAUGCUUUCGUCAUCAUUGGUUCUGCCGGGACAAUUCGUCUAACGAGCGGCCGCGAGCUCUGCUAAAUACUCCCCUCUAUUCGCACGUUCUCACCACCACCGAAGGCUUACAAAUGAGACUUUUUCCGCAUAUAUAAUAUAGCACGCAGCUGUUGUCGUAUCCCAACCAACCCAUCAUGUCUCUCUUCCAGCUCGCUAGCGAUCCUCCAACCAAGCUCGGUAUCUAUCGUGUCCUUUCCUCUCGCGCAGGAGUGAGGGUGUCUCCCCUCGUCUUCGGUGCUAUGAGUGUCGGUGAUAAAUGGGAGGCCCUUGGUAUGGGAUCGAUGAACAAGGAGUCUAGCUUGAAGCUCCUCGACGCGUAUUAUGAUAUGGGCGGAAAUUUCAUCGAUACUGCGAACAACUACCAGGAUGAGACAUCGGAAGAGUUCGUUGGAGAAUGGGCCGAGAAGAGAGGAAUACGAGAUCAGCUGGUCAUUGCGACGAAAUACAGCAUGAACUACAAGCGCGCAAAUGACACCAUUGCGCAGAAGGUCAACUACGUAGGGAACAACACCAAGUCUAUGCACCUCAGCGUGGAAGCCAGUCUUAAAAAACUCCGUACAUCGUACAUUGACAUCCUCUACCUUCACUGGUGGGAUUACGAGACGUCGAUACCGGAAGUCAUGGACAGCCUGCACAACCUUGUCGCGGCACAGAAGGUUCUCUACCUCGGGGUCUCUGACACCCCCGCCUGGGUCGUUUCUCAAGCUAACCAGUACGCCAUGGACCAUGGAAAAACGCCGUUUAUCAUCUAUCAGGGUAAAUGGAAUAUCCUGGAUCGUUCAUUCGAGCGUGAGAUCAUUCCCAUGGCCAAAUCACUGGGUUUGGCACUCGCUCCGUGGUAUGUUCUCGCGGAAGGGAGGCUGCGGACGGACGCAGAGGAACAGCAGCGUCGGGAGACGGGAGAGAAGGGACGCAUGUUGUCUGGUGAGAAUUGGGAGCGUACAGAGGUGGAGAUAAAGGCAUCUAGGGCAUUGGAGAAGGUAGCGGCCGAGGUUGGCGUCGGGUCCAACAUCAGAGCAGUGGCGAUCGCGUACGUGAUGCAGAAAACGCCUAAUGUCUUCCCAAUCAUUGGAGGUCGGAAGGCGGAACACCUGAAGUCGAACUUACAAGCGUUGGACAUCUCGUUGUCCAAGGAGCAGAUCGAGUACUUGGACGGAGCUGUACCCUUUGAUCCUGGGUUCCCUACGACGAUGAUUGGUGAUGGGUCAAGUUAUAAUAUCUUCCUUGCGUCGACUGCGAAGAUGGCGAAGCUACCGGCGGUGCAACCCAUCAGACCAUGAAAUAUUUUGUUACCACGUACUUCCAUUACUUGAGAGGUUUCAUGUUAUGAAUCAAUAAUCAAGAGUUCACAGUACUGAGGAAGAAUCCGAUUGACUAGUACU